UUCUUUUACGACUCAAUAAAGAAAGACCUCCGAUACAUUACAACUGCUCAGAAUAUCAUCUCCCCUCUGUUUUAUUCAUUUCCUCUCUCAACCCCAUUAAUUCUCUGCACACUUUUUUGAUUUUCUACCGAAUAAAGAAAAGACCUUUCGGUACAUUCAAAUAAAAACAGAGCCAAUACCCUCCUCUCCCCUCUCUUUUAUUAAUUUCCUCUGCAAACACAUUUUGGUUUCUUCACAGAAAAAGGAAAAAGGGAUUGAAGAAGAUGAAGUGGUCGCCAUGGACACGUGGGGGAACAAAGAGGUUCCAUGUCAAGGUCAACCAGUUAAAGCUUGAAGGGUUUGACUACAAUGGAAAGGUGGUGGGGGAUGAGAAGCAGAGGGUUGGUGUGGUGGUUGAGGUGAAAUGGAAAGGGUCUCAGGCUGGAGGGGCUGGAGCUCUGGUUCCAUUCUAUGGCAGAAGAUCUUCACGGCACCAGAAGAAUUACACCAGCCAUAGGUUUCUGAGCAGAGGUCAUGAGGUCGUUGAAUGGGAUGAUGAAUUUCAGAGCCUCUGUAGUUUUGGGUUGAAGCAAGGUGGUGCCUUUAGCCCCUGGGAUUUGACUCUCACUUUGUUACAUGGAGAGAGUGCAAAAUUACAGAGUAUGGUGGUUCUGGGGAAGGUUUCGUUGAAUUUAGCAGAAAUGGCUUCGAAGAUGGAGUCUCAGAUUCAGAGGAAGCUCUCUGUCACUUUGAAAAUGGAAGGGAUGAACCCCAGAGAAGCUACCCUUUUGGUUUGUCUAAGCUUUUCUGAGGUCAGAAACUCACAUGACUCGGCAGGACUCGGUCAAGACUCGGCCGAUUCAGACAAGGACAGGUUGCUUCGAGGUGUAAGCUACGCUAGGAGGUUUAGAAAGACAAGCAACAAUGAGAGAAAGGGUCAUGGGGACCGAGUCAUGACUUAUAGUGACUGGGACCAGUCAUCCCUGUCCGACUCAGAAGGGUCGUCACCAGAAAUUGAACUCAGCUCGAAUGGUGUCAGUGCAGAGUUGAGUUCAAAGCCCGAGUUGGGAUUGUCCCCGAGUUAUUUGAUUCAGUUUGACUCGGGCCAGAAGAGUUGGUUCUUGAGGAAGCGAAAGUGGUUGAGUGGCAAACCACCAAGGAGAAGAGAAGUGGAGCCCUUUGUUAAGAAGACUAGCAAGGCCAAUGCACUUCAAAUUUCUGCUAACAACAAUCUCGGAGAUUCUAUACAGAAAUCAGAUACUACUGUUGAAUAUUCUUCAAACCACCAACAUGGAGAUUGCAUCACGAGUAGAUGGGAAUUAAAGGAAGUAUUCAGCAGAGAUGGGCUGGCAAAGCUCAAAACCAAUGUGUUCUUUGCUUCUUUCGAUCAACGGAGCGAAAAGGCGGCCGGAGAGAGUGCCUGCACGGCACUAGUUGCAGUCAUCGCCCACUGGCUGCAUUCAAACCAAGACUCGAUGCCUACAAGAUCCAAAUUCGACAGCCUCAUAACAGAAGGUUCCACAGAGUGGCAAAAACUCUGCAGCAACGAAACUUACAUAAACUUAUUUCCCAACAAACACUUCGACCUGGAAACAGUUUUGGAAGCUGAUGUUAGACCUCUCGACGUCUUGCCUGACAAGUCUUUCAUCGGAUUCUUCAGCCCUGAGAAGUUCAAGUGCUUGAAGGGACUCAUGUCGUUCGACGAGAUAUGGGAUGAGAUCAAUAGAAACACCAUGUUAGACAAACCAAGGAUAUACAUAGUGAGCUGGAACGACCAUUUUUUUGUGCUGAAGGUUGAAGCUGAUGCUUACUAUAUCAUGGAUUCUUUGGGUGAGAGGCUGUUUGAGGGGUGUAACCAGGCAUACAUACUAAAAUUCGACGAUUCGAGCGUCAUGUAUGGGAAAGCAGAGAAAGCAGAGGCUGGCUCAGAGGACAUUGCAGGGUCUGAGAGUAACAAGGAGGAAAGCCUAGAAGAAAUUUGCAGUGGAAAAGAGUGUUGCCGACAGUUCAUUAAAAGAUUUCUUGCUGCCAUACCACUUGGGGAGCUUGAGGAGGAAGAGAAAAAGGGGACAGUUUCUACUUUACCUCUCCACCAGCGUUUGCAGAUCGAGUUCCACUACACCUCCUCUUCUUCCACUUUGUCUUCUGCAACUUCUUCCACUUACUCUCUCUUCUCAGGUGAAGAGAGUGCAUAGAAAUCAAGCACCAGAAUUGUAUAGAAGGGUUUUAUUCCUUAACAUUUUCUGAUACUCUUGAGACUAGAUAGAUAUUUUAAUGAGAUUUUAAAGUCGACUAUA